AUGGGACCUCCUCCAGCUUCAACUGCUUCAGCUUCACCCUUCUCAGCAGCCUAUCCUGGUUUUGCUUCUUUCCAGCCUUUACACUACCCAGCGUUUUUUAACAAUCUUCCUCAUCAUCCCCAAGUUAUAAUGAACGGAGCAACAGUUCAGCCAUCCAGUUAUCGAGCAAGAUGCGGACGCGAUCUCAGCCGACGUACAAGUACACGCCGAGAGAGAACCUCUUUCAAUAACCUUCAAUUACAACAACUUGAAUAUCAAUUCAAAAUCAGCCAAUAUCCUGAUUUGGGCAAAAGGGAAGAAAUCGCUAGAGCCAUUGGCCUCCUGGAGCCUCGAGUUCAAGUUUGGUUCAAGAACCGCAGAGCUAAAGAAAGACUGGCUAAGAAAGCUCUGCAAUCAAGCAACUCAUCAAAAUCACUUAAUCCAGAAGCAGAAUCUCCUCCACCUGAGCCUAAAGUGUUGGAUAUCAAACCAAUAACCAUGCCGAUUAUACCAAUGCCUGGUACUGCUGAAUUCGAUGCUCACACAGAAUCGAAAUAUCUCAGUAUGGCUAUUAAGCCAAAGAAAGAAAUUGUUGAGCCUGAACCUAUCACAACAAUCAAAUAUACCGAUCAAAGUCAAGCAGCAGCGACAGCAUUUGCUUCAGGAUGGCCUUCAUAUGCUUUACCGCCAGCUAAUUAUAAUUUUUAUAAUAAUUACUUCCCACCGUAUUACCCGACUGCCAGUUAUCCAACUUAUGCUUCUGAAUCUUAUGUUCCUAAUAAUCCAACAUACUGUGGUCAAAUAACUCCAUUAUUAUUCGAGCAAUCAGAUCAAUUGUAA